UAAUAAUUGUCUCAAGCUGCGCAAACAUACUAUAUAUAGGUACGCGGGAUAUCUCCGCAAUGACACUGUGGAAUUUGUAUUUUUCCAUUAUUAUUUAGCAGUAUAAUGGAAUACCCUCUCCAAAGCACACGCGCCUCGUCUACACACCGUGGAUGUAUAAAAAAACGCGAUGUCAGAACGUUUUCGAGCGGCUGUCGAUUGAGACUCCCGAGCGUUGCAUACAAUCGCUAUACAUUAUCACCGUGUGCUUGUCCGCGUAAACAUGGCGGACAUAACGUACACCGACGUGGACAGCGAAGUGUCGGAUAUCCUGAACAAAUGUUUUCUCACCAGCUUCCGGAACGGAUACCUGAAAGCUAAUGACGUCGUGUUGCCCGUUUACUUUAAAAAGUUCGGACAACGUAUACAAGACAUGGAUAUCAGAGACGACGACGUGUGGGUCUGCAGCUAUCCGAAAACAGGUUUACUAAUCAUUUAUUUGGUCUCACUAUCUGUGGACUUAAGUCAAUUUAAAAUAGUUUUCAAUACGUGUAAAUUAUACACUCUAGCCAUUUAUACCAAAAAAUAAAGAGAUAAGCCGAAAAAGAUAAAAUUGAUUUGAGCCCUUUUUCCUUGCGGUAUGAUAAUUAAAUUACGAUUACGCUAAUAUUUAACUUUACCGGAUUAUACUUGUAUUUUGUAUACAUCCUUCUCUAUAUAUGUAUAUUAUCUAUUUCUUUAAUAAUGGCGAUGAAAAUAAAUUUAAAAUUAUCUCGUUAUACUAUAUAAUUGAUAUAUACGUAUCACGUUCAAAUGGGAACGGAAUAGAAUUAAAAGUGGAACUAUAAAAAAAAAAAAAUGUUUUCUAUAUAUUCCAGUUCAUUGUAGUAUUGACGCGCUUUAGAAUAUGCGAAAUUUGGGUUAAUUGAGCAUACAGUAGGAAGUAUAUGAUACAAUGAUACAUGACAUCUACGUUUCUUAUAAUUCCUAACGAUAAUGACAUUAAACGGGGGCAGUCGUAAAUGUCUCUAAAAAUAAAGCCUACUCUUAAUUAUAAUUGGACUGAAAGACGAUAUACGGAUUUCAAAAAUUAUUUCACGAAAAUUUAUGUUUACAUUUCGUUUUUACAAUAUUAUUAUAAGCUGCUCAAUGUAUACUGUUCCAAACAAAUUUUAAAAUUUAAGCAUUAAAACGCCCAAAGGCAUGUUCGUGGUAUACGUUGCUGCUUUUGGAUUCGGAGUGUAGCGAGGGAUCUAUUGGUUUUACUAUGAUGCGUGUUUAAAUUUUCUUUUAUUUCUGUCAGUAAAUAACUUUUUUGAAAAUAAUUCUUGCUCCGAUUUAUAGAGUGUAGUACUCCGUGGAUAAAAUUGUUAGACUAAACAGAAAUGCUUGAAUAUUUGACAGGAAAUACAUUAUAAGUUGAACUUAGUGGUAAAAAAAAAACUGAUUUUUAUGAAGUUUUUUUUAUAAGAAUUUUAUAAUCAAAUUUUGAUGGAAAUUGUAAAUAUUACGGUCCUUUAAAACAUAUAUAACUGAACUUCGCUCCGAUCGUUUUUCGUUAUCAAUGGUUCAACGUUGGUUACAAGUAUAAAUUAAAUAAAUGUAUGUGUCCCACAUUUCCAACUAUUCACCUACAAUAGAGACCGCACCCGUUCUUAGCGUGAGCUCUUUUUUUAAGUUGCAAUUCCAUAUUAAAUGUUAUUUUAAAAGGUUUUUAGUGCAUUAAAUUCAUAGUGGUAAUAAUAAAUUAUAAUUAUUGGAACGGUAUUAUAAGUAAAUUAAUAUUUUUAUUAGAAUAAGAUUAUUAAUAUAGUUUGAUAAAAAAUGUUCACGAUUUAAAUCAUUUUUAUUAAAAUCACGCCAAAUUUAUUUUCUAUAUUUCAUUAAUUUAUACAUAAUUUCAAACAUAUUUGGGUAUUUCAUCGUUCAUACGGCUUUUUAACAACCCGUCUUGUUUUAUUUUUUGAUCAUCUAAAAAAAAUUAUCCGAAAUCAAAAUCGUCAGGUCGUAAUAAUGUUUUUAUAUUCGUAUUCAUAUAUUUUUACAAUUACAUUUAAUAUAUUUAUUACCUACAUUUAAUACAUUUAAUAUAUUUUCCGUAAAUUUAGUAUACUUUUAUUAAAAUUGUAAUUUUUUUUCUGCAUAGUUUGUUGUUUUUACGCAUAUUUAAUAAAUUAUACUUUCAUAUUUUUAUUUUUAAAUUACUUAUGAAUUUAUAACCAAUUUAUAAUAUACAACAGUGGUUCCCAACUGGUGGUCCGUGGACUCAUCUUAAGUGGUCCGCGAAUAAAAAAAAUUUAAAUUUAAAAAAAUGAGCGAAAUUAAACUUGAUAAUUUUUAUUAUUAACGGCUUAGCGCCUAACAGCCAGAUAACACACUAUCGCGACCGAUGACAAUUUAUGUACGGAUAUAAAUAACAUUCGGUCAUGCGGGUAUAGCUGAAUUGUAAUAAAUAUUUAUCUGCGUUUUUCCACUAUACUACUAUAUUACGGUAACGAUUACUAGUUAUGUCUCAUAAUUUGUCGAUAAUAUUAUCACGUAGGUAUUACCUACUCGUUUCGUAUUUUAUCUAUUAUUAUUUUACUCGUAUUAUAUUUAUUUAUAUAAUAUAAAUUUGUUAUAUUUUUUUCUCAUUGAAUAAGUUAAUUAAUAUAAGUUCGUAAAAUGUAAAAUUUAAAUUUGUAUCAGCUUUUUUUAUUAAAUUAAAUUUUUAAAUAAAUAAGUUAAAAUAUUUUUCCACGACAUAAACUGUAUUUCUGAUUUUAUUUUGUACCUAGAAAUUAUAAACUAUAUAUAAAACUAUAAAAAAAAUAAGUGAUAUAAAGAGGGGGGGGGUUGAAAUCAAGGAGUGGUCCGUGACGGUGAAAAAUUUAUAAAAGUGGUCCGUGCCAAUUGUUGAGUUGGGAACCACUGAUAUACAACAAUAAGUUUUAUCUGAUUUUACGGGAUGUUCACUAAAGGGAAGUUUUCACUUAAAACUAUAAUCUAUAUUUAUACUUAUUUUUGGGAUAAAGAAAAAAAAAUCUAAGUACCUAUAUCUAUAUAAUAUGAUGCUGCAUGUAGAAUUGUUGAAUAGAAGAUUACAGUAUACACAUUACACAUAGAUUAUAUAUAGGCGCAGUAAGGCGUUGAUUGACAAGCUAUUAUACGAUAAUAAUAAUAAUAAUAUUAAUAUAAUAUCGCAUCAUUAAUCAAUAUGACAAUAUAAUAUGUGAAAAAAAAAGAAAGUCGUAGGUAUAUUCUUUUGUUGCGUUGUGAUUUUUUUUUUUUAACGUGGUCGGCGUCGCGUGUGCUUUUCGUUACUUACGAACACAAGACGCGGGCCGAGUGGGGAAAACAAAAAAUUGAAAACAAUUGUGUUUUAUGUAUAGGAACAACGUGGACUCAAGAAAUGGUAUGGUGUAUCGCAAACGAUUUGGACUUUGAAGGAGCCAAACAAUUUCUUCCGGAGCGCUUUCCAUUUUUAGAGUAAUGAUUUUAAAAUAUUAAGUAUUCAUACGUUCGUUAAAAUACGAAUGCGGUUGCAGUUUAAUACCUAUCUGUAUUGAUAAUUAACUUUAUAUUACAGUCACACGCCGCUUUUCGAUUACGAAAAAGUUCUACCAGAAAAACCGGACCUCAAACUACCGUUGUACGUAUCUGAUUCCAUAGAAUACAUCGACAAAUUGGAAUCUCCGAGAUUUAUCAAGACGCAUUUACCGUACAAACUGUUGCCGAAAAAACUCAAGGACCGUUCGACUAAAGCUAAAGUAAUACCAAUUAAGAACGUUGAACUAAACAUCAUUCAAGGGUAGAAAUAUGAUAGGCUAAUUCAGUGGCGUCGAACCGUGUUUUAAGAAGGUGGACAGGUCAAAAGUUGUAUAGACCACCACCCUCGUUUACAAAACAAACUCUCAUAUAAUAUUCUUAAUUAAUAUUUCAUACGUAGUAAUUCGAUAAAAAAUAUGGCUCAGGUACCCAUCAUGAAUCCACCACCAUCCACCCAUUAAAGAAAGUUCAGCGCCACUGACCUGAAUAAUAAUUUAAAAAAAAAAUAUGAAAAAUGCUUUAACGAUGACCUACGAUUUUUUAUUCAAAAUUAUGGAAACUGCCUACUAGUUUAAAUUAAGCUAAAAAGAAACGUGAGAUUAAUCGCCAAAAAAACACUUCCACUAUGAUAAAAAUAGUUUUUUAUACAUUUUAAAAAAAUUACCAUUAAUAUAAAAACGUGCUAACGAAUUCUCCAAAAUAAUACAGAAUAAAAUAUACGUGAUAUUCUGAAUCUAAUAUUCGAGGUGCUACCGACGAAUACUGAGAAUAUUGUGGACUUAUUACCAAUAUAUUACUUAUUACUUGUAUGUAAAAAACACAAAAUGUUUUAGAUCGAAUAUCUAGGUAGGGAAAGAAACAAAAACUACAAGCAUGCUGAAAAUACGCAAACUAGUUUGCUUUGAACAUAUAAUGUGAGACGAUAAAUAAAAUAUACUCAGUCUAAUUAUUCAAGGAAAUUUUGAGGGUGUGAGAGGACGUGAUAUAGGUAGACAACGUAUAACAUAAAUACAAAACAUCGGACCGGGUUACAGUGGUAUAAAACUGUUACAGAUAGAAAACACCAGAACAGAUAGUAACGUAAUUUGAUGAUUACCGUCCGUUAAGUCGAUAUAGUAUUAAACAGUAGAUUUUGAAUUUAUAUGUGAAGCAGACGAAGCGAUAUUUUAACGAAAAUGUGUAGUAAAAGUAAUCAACCUACAUACCUCUAUGUAUAAGCGAAGCAAAGAUUUAGUACAUAUUUGGUAUAAGAUAAAAUAUUCGUAUAGUAUAAUCAUUUAAAAUGUUUUCCAUUUACUUCAAUAUUAAGUCGUGAAUUUUAUAAAUAAUUAGAAUUCUGCUUUAUUAGUUGUACUAAAUUACUUCCCUAUACACAACGGAAAAAUAUAUAGCCGAUGACCUUAGCUGACAAAAAACACCUUACAGAGCAAUAAAAUUAUACAAGUGAAUAUAUCUGCAUUUGCAUUUCUAAUGUAAAUAACACGCGAUGCUGCAUGGAAAAGAUAUUAGCGUAUUAGAAAAUUAUAUAAUAAUAAUAAUACAGAAAUGAUUAUACUAGCUAACGGCGCACUUCCUAUAAUCAUUGGGUAACUUGUUUUUAAUAAUAAGUAAUAUUAUGAAUACCUACUAUAGUGGGUAUGUGGAAUUAUAUGCAGAUAUUAAAAUCUGGUAAAAAAAAAAAAAAAAAAAAAAAUUGUUACGGUUUAUAAACUAAAAAGAAAAAUAUGGGAGAAUAAAAUGUUAGAUAAGUGAUAGCCAUAAGAAUAAUAUUUAAGGGGUCGCCCAUAUACAUUUAAGCAAAUGUAUAAUUUUAGAUUCUGAGCGAAGCGAGAAAUUUAUUGGUUCUACAAUAAUAUUUUUUAUUUUAUUUUAUCUGUGAACAACUUUUAUAUCAGAAAACUUGUUUCAAUUUUCAAAUAUAACUUCUUUUCAUUUUCGCAACUUAUGUUUUAUGCUGGCAAUUUUGUUUCAAUCAAAAAAUAACCAGACACCUCUUUUGUCAAAUUUUGGAUCUAGUUGCUUAUAAAGACAUUUGUAUUUUGAUUUUCCAAGUAUUUAUUAUAAUAAAUGGGAAAAACCGGGAAAAUCUACGAAACUUAUUAUUUUUAAAAUCGUAAAUAUUACAGCUUUUCGAAACAUGUAUAUCUGAACUCCGCUUAGAAUAGAAUCUUAUUCAAUAGCAAAGAUUAAUUUUUGUGUACAGAUAUGCAUUCAAUUUCUACCUACCCCAACUUCUCACUUACAAAAGUGACCCACCUAUCGUGCCAGCUUCAUAAUUAAUCGAUUCGAAAAUAGUCAAAUUAAUUUUCGUAUAAAUAUUUAAAAGUUCCCGGACCUUAUCACAAGUGUUGAUUGUGUUAUCGUGAAGUUAGUUCAAAACACAACCGUCUUAUUUAGAAAAAUACUAAUUUACUCUUUGUGAAAAUUUAAGACAACAUUAUAGGUAUAUAAUAUUGAAUAUACCAUUCAAUAUUAUAGGUUACGUCAUAUAUCGUUUUUAUAGUUUUUAAGUGCGAUGUAUUAUGCAAUUUUAGAAUUAAAACCAGAUUGAUUUUGAUAGAUAUUAUACGUGGCCAGAAACGCCAAAGACACGUGCCUCUCGUAUUUCCACCAUUGCUGUUUGUUAGAAGGGUACACGGGGAAUUUCGAUGAUUUUUGUAAACUCUUUGUUUCUGAUUCCCGUGAGUAUUCUACGCCUCUGUUUUAUCCCUACCUAUUUUAAUUGUAAAACUAACACGUUGUAUUAUAAAAAGUUUGUUUCAGUCCGUUUUUCGACCACAUAUUCGGCUAUUGGGACCGAAGAGACGACCCACAUGUACUCUUUUUGAAGUACGAAGAUAUGAAAAAGGUAGGCAAUUAAAUCAAAUGUAGUUUGCGUAGUAUUUUUUUUUGAAAAGUUAAAAUGUAGUGUGUAUUCUGUUGUUUUUUUAUCCAUAUCAUAGGAUUUACGUUCGGUAAUACGUCAAACGGCUCGGUUUUUGAACAAAGAAAUCGAUGACGACCAGUUGUUGGUUUUGGAAGACCAUUUAAGUUUCGAGAGUAUGAAAAACAACAGGGCUGUGAAUUACGAGCCGGUUGUCGAAAUUAAUAAAACGCAUAAUUUAAUCAAAGCCGAAGGGACUUUUAUGAGAAGCGGUACAGUGGGCGGGGGUAAACAGAAAAUGUCACCAGAGUUUGUGAAAAUAUUCGACGAGUGGGAAGAAAAAUGUUUGGUGACGAGUACAUUGAAAUUUUAAUAAAUUAAAAUAACUGAUUUGUUUGCGGUGAUAGGGUCUUAAAUUAUCUUAUAUACGUAUUAAUUCUAGAAGGUUAGUUUUUGUGACGAUCCCUGUGUAUCCCUUGAUACUCGAUCAAAAUCAAUAAAUAAAGUACGAUAUUAAAAAUUAAGUUUCCCUUUUCUGACGAAUUGUUAAUGUAGACCAAUACAAAAUAUAAUUUGUUUAUAAAUAAAAGUUAAAACUUGCUGUUUGAAUGAGAAUUUAUUUUACUUAUUUAAUUUUAGGUUUUAGAUAACUAUAAUAAUGCAAGCAAGUAUUAAUUUAUGGUUUAUGAUUCAGUAUUAAUAAUAAAUAAUUAAUUUUGUGUUAUUAGAUAGGUAUAUACAAAUUAUACAAAUUUAAAACUAAAUAUAAGAAUGUCCAAAAAUUAAUUUUUUUUUUUAUAAUAAUUUAUUAUUUGAAAAACUAUGAACAUAUAUUUUACUGAUCGUGGACUAUAUUUUUGGUAAUAAUUUGAAAAAAAAAACUAAUAAAUAUUUUUUUUUUAUAAUUAUUAGGUAUAUUUAUUUGUAAAAAAUAAUUUAUUUCUUUUGAUGUUAUGUUCAUUGCCAAAUUCAAAAAAUGUAAUUUCGUUGGCUCAUAAAAUUUGUGUAAAUACAUUUUUCGGGGUUGUUAACGAUUUAUUAUUGCUAUAAUUUAGUUAAUUUUACAAUUAUAGUUUUUAGUUUAACAAAUACGUCCAUAAAAAUAGAAUACUAUAGUAUUUUGUACCGUUUUCUUCACCUAUACAAUAUUAUACAUAAAAAUUGUGGUCUCGUACUUAUUUUAAAUUUUUAACCAUAUUUAUCGGCCCCCUCCGUUCGUUAAAAAUAUUUAAAUUAUUAUAAAACCUUACAAUUAAAAUAACCGUAAUCGGCUACGACAGUUUAGUGAUUAAUAGUUAUUAUUAUACAUAUAUAUAUUUUUGUGAUAAUACCGUUAAAACCUUGUAUUCGUUAUUGAUAAUAGUUAACUGUUUGAAUAAAAAACUUAACUUAUACUAUGAGGACAUUUGCCCGUGACACAAUAUUAGUGUUUAAUUAUUACAUUUGUGUUGGUUUCAUUUUGUAAUUUAAAAUAUAUUCUAAUACGUACCUAUACGAUUUAUUCAUUUUAAACAAUCUAAAACAUGUUCACCUGCACUUCAAAAAAAAAAAAUUAAUUAAAACACCUAUUGGUAUAAUAUGAGUUAGGUUCAAAUAAGGGGGUUUCCUCAUUGAAAAACAAUAGUAGCAUAAUUAAUAUGUAAUAUUAACGUUGUUUAUGAUGAUUCUAAAUUUCGAUUGUUAUGAAAGUGAUUGUUUUGAAUAUUUUUCUACAAAUCAACAAGAUAAAAUAUUAUUUUUUAAUUAAUCACUAAUACAAGUUCAUUAAUUUGGUUGAUUCAAUUAGUUUAUGUUUACAAUUUCAUUAGUUAUAAUAACCGAAUAUUAAGUAUUAUAAUACGCCUAUAAAAAAAAUUGAAUUUAUUAUUCAUAAAUACGAGUUACGUUUCUAUUGUACCUAUAUUUAAUAAUUAUUACAAAAAGCUAAUAUUUUUUUAAAUACGAUAUGUAUGUAUUAAUUAUUAUAUUUCCAAUCGGUGUUUAUAAAAUAUUUGUACAUGUUUAACAAUUAAUAGUCUUAUUAUCUAGAUACACAUUUAAAUAGAGAUGAGUAACGAAACGAUUUCAGAAUAAUGUCAUAUAAUAACAUUAAUUGGUCUCGAAAACGAGAUCGGUUCCUUUCAGAUUUUCCUCCGUGAACUUGUCGAAUUUUUCCGACAGUUCUUCCGACAUGUAAUUCUUCCAGUCUCCGACUUUGCCCUUCCUGAUGAACGUUUCGUCUGGAUUCGUUUCGGUCAGGGUGGGUUUCUCCAUUAUGGCGAGAAUCGGUUCCAAAUUAAGAGCCGGAUUCUUUUUCAUACUGUUGAAACUCAAGUGGUCUUCGAGCGCGGAUACCUGUUCGUCCGUCAGGAAUUUGCCCAGGAAUGUUGACACUUGUCUAAUAGCUCCUUUCAGGUCCUGAUCGAAUUGUACAGAAAUCAUAGGUAUAUAAUAUUAUAUAUAGACAAUAUGUAUCGAUUAAAUAAUUAUAAUUCGUCUUUUAUAUAAUAUGUAUGACUAAUUAUCAUACGAUACCUUUUUCAUGUCCUCGUAUUUCAAAAACAGCAAGUUCGGUUCGUCCCUCUGUUCCCAAAACCUGAGUAUGUGAUCCCAAAUGGGGCCGAUGGGUGUCUUGCCCUGGAUGAACAAAUCACAAAACUCGUCGAACGAACCAUGCAGACCAUGUAUCAGUUUGCAAUAAUGAUAAUAUGACACGCACAUGUCUUUUGGGUUGCGCGUUACGUAGACGAUUUUCGGUUUCACUUCUUUGAGCUGCUCGGGCAACAGCGUAAUGGGCAAAUGCGUUUUUAUGAAUCUGGGCGACGGCAUGUUUUCCACUUGAUCAACCGAGUUGCCUAGUUCAUCUUUAAGCUUGCUCGUAUCGUUUCCCAUAAGAGCCGUUAACCUGUGUAAAACGAGAGUUAAUUUAGGCAUAUACAGUAUAAUAAUCGACUUUGAAAUAACUAAUAUAUAAAAUAUUAUUUUAAGGUUUAGAAGAUGAUUAAGUACUUUUUUUUAGAAUGCACAUAAAAUAGCCUUCCAGGCGUAGGUUAUGACUAUUAAAAAUACAUUAUUAUGUUUAUAAUAACCUUGAAAAAUAAAAACUACAUUGAUAGAUACUUAUAUUAUUCUUAACGAAGCAAUAUUAAGGAACUAUUUAUUAUUACUUAUAUGUUGUUAGUUUCACAUUAUUUCCCGAGACAUUCAACAUGCUGAUAGUUACACGGACAACAAAUGUAUAGAAACGUAGAUGAACACGGAUCAAUAGUUAAAUGCAUCACAAUUAUAAAUUCCACAGUGAUUAUUCGACGCAAGGAAACCGAAUCGUGGAAAACCGAAAGAAAAACUACGAGAUAAGUAAAAUCCAGCGUUCUACAUGGGACAUUGUGUUUCUCAAAUGAUUUAUUAAUUAUAUAGUUAGAGCCUGCAUUAUUAUAAUAUUUAUUAAAAACAUACGAAAUGUGCAUGCAUUUAUGCACUUAUUUUCACUCAAAUAUUCC